CAUUUCUGUGACUAUUGUGUUAGUCCAGAGUAGACCCACCCAGCUCCUCAGUCAUGCUGCGUCCAUCGUUCCUCAGCCUUCUCCUGGCAUGUGCAGUGUCUCUUAGCAGCUCUGCUGUAUUUCUAGAAAACGGCAUGCCCAUCCUGUGGACCCAAACGGCCGGCCAAUUGACUGACCUGCCGAUACAGAAUGGCAUCCUGACCCCCGACCCAUGGCACUUCCUUCACCGUAUGAGUCUUUACCGUCUGAUGAUAGCUGCAACAGACCCUUUUAUGGGAUCAAUGGGGACUAAUGCCACAGACAGUCCACUGUGGGGUCUGCCACUGCAGUUUGGAUGGAUGCUAACCUCAGGGCGUCUUGCUGACCCAACCGGUGCUACCACUUGCGGCCUGCAAACAGGAGAUACUAUGUGUGUUUCUACUCAGAGCUGGUGGAGCUGUGUGACCUACUUUGUCUCUGUACUGCCCUUCCUGUCUGCUGCAAAGCAGGGCUUCAUGGGAGCAGGAGUUCAGGUCCAGAUGCAGAUACCUGAAGGUGUACAGGACUAUUGCACCACAUACGCAAGCUGUGCGGCUAGCUACCCUGACGCCAUGUCUAAGUGGGAUGCCUUUUUCCAGGGCCUCAGGGCUGCAGCUGACUCUCCUCUCCCUGAAAAUGAGAAGAAAGACUCUCUCCUUGGUCUCUUCUGGGCGGCCCAAAUGGCUUCAACUUAUGCCUCUGCUGCAUGCGACUCCAGGCAGAGCCACUACUCCUCUACAGAGGUUUCAUUUGCAAAAAGCUGGGUGAACUCAGCUGAGUACGUUUCUGCUGCACAUUUCCAAUCCAAUUUGCAAAAAUCUUCAAUGUUCAUAUCCCCUCUCCCAAGUCGUAUUUUACGGGUGGACGACAGUGCGCCUAACAUAGCUGAUCUGAGUUCGGAGGAGAACCACACACUGUAUGUCUUCUCCUGGAUGAACAGUGUCAACAAUCUACUUGGUGGGACACUGGUGCAUAUGUGGAAAAGUGCCAUGUGUUCAGUGAACACAAGAGAGAAAGGCAGCGAGAUGCUGGAGCAGCUCCUGCUGGAUCCCACCUUUGCCACACACACUUUCCUGUCCAUCAUCACUGGAAUGACUUCGAGCUGCUGAGACAAACUUAGAGACACACAUAAACUUAGAGAGAUAGCAACUCUAAUUACAUAAUUGUAGUCAUUUUUUACAGUACAUAAUACAGGAGUACUUUUGUAUUACUCAGAAGGAGGGAUCACUAAGAGAAGACACUUGCAAAACAAAAAUACAUAACUGAUAUUUCUUUGAAAGUAAAUUAUGCCAAUAUUCAGAAGUUGUAGAUCAACAGGAAUUCCAGAUUACAAUUUAAAAGCAGGUAGACCUCUGUAUGUCUCUGUUCUCGUCACUCUCUUGUGAGUAUGUGUGCCCCAAUAAAGUAUCAACAAAC